AUCCCUCAACCAUCCCACCAUUUUCUCUCUUCACAACCCAAUCCCAUUUCUCCCCAGAACCCCAUCUUUCUCGCUCUAGAGCCCACUCUCUCUCUCUAAAAAAUGCGUGAAAUCUUGCACGUUCAGGGUGGGCAAUGUGGGAACCAGAUCGGAGCCAAGUUCUGGGAGGUGGUCUGCGCUGAGCACGGCAUCGACUCCACAGGGCGCUACCAAGGCGACACGGAGCUGCAACUGGAGCGAGUCAAUGUGUACUACAACGAGGCGAGUUGUGGGAGGUUCGUGCCCAGGGCAGUGCUCAUGGAUCUGGAGCCGGGCACCAUGGACAGCGUCAGAUCGGGACCGUACGGCCAGAUUUUCCGACCCGAUAAUUUCGUUUUUGGGCAGUCGGGUGCGGGUAACAACUGGGCCAAAGGUCACUACACUGAGGGGGCGGAGCUGAUUGACUCGGUUCUAGAUGUGGUGAGGAAGGAGGCCGAGAAUUGUGAUUGCUUGCAAGGAUUUCAGGUCUGCCACUCUUUGGGAGGUGGAACUGGGUCAGGCAUGGGAACACUCCUCAUUUCCAAGAUCAGAGAAGAAUACCCGGAUCGAAUGAUGCUCACAUUCUCUGUAUUCCCCUCUCCUAAGGUCUCUGACACUGUUGUUGAGCCUUACAACGCCACACUCUCUGUUCACCAGCUUGUUGAGAAUGCAGACGAGUGUAUGGUUCUUGACAAUGAAGCCCUUUAUGACAUUUGCUUCCGAACACUGAAACUCACUACUCCAAGCUUUGGGGACCUGAAUCACCUGAUUUCCGCCACCAUGAGUGGGGUAACUUGCUGCCUUCGCUUCCCCGGUCAACUCAACUCCGAUCUCCGGAAGCUUGCCGUUAACCUCAUCCCAUUCCCUCGCCUGCACUUCUUCAUGGUCGGGUUUGCUCCUCUUACAUCUCGUGGGUCCCAGCAAUACCGUGCCCUUACAGUUCCGGAGCUCACUCAACAGAUGUGGGAUGCAAAGAACAUGAUGUGUGCUGCUGAUCCUCGCCAUGGUAGGUACUUGACUGCUUCAGCAAUGUUCCGGGGCAAGAUGAGCACCAAGGAAGUUGAUGAGCAGAUGAUUAAUGUACAAAACAAGAACUCAUCCUACUUUGUUGAGUGGAUUCCCAAUAACGUGAAGUCCACGGUUUGUGACAUCCCUCCAACUGGUCUGAAAAUGGCGUCGACCUUCAUUGGAAACUCAACUUCAAUCCAGGAGAUGUUCCGGAGGGUUAGUGAGCAGUUCACAGCCAUGUUCCGGAGAAAGGCUUUCUUGCAUUGGUACACUGGGGAGGGGAUGGAUGAGAUGGAAUUUACAGAAGCAGAGAGCAACAUGAAUGAUCUGGUCUCGGAAUACCAGCAAUACCAAGAUGCAACAGCGGAUGAAGACGGGUAUGAGUAUGAAGAUGAGGAGGAGGAGGAGGAGCUUCAGGAGGCUUAAGGAGUUAUAGGAGGACCUGGGUUUGGGUUGUUUUGCUUGCAACUAUGUUUUGGGAUCCUUGUUUUUGUUCCUUAACAUUUAAGAUUUGGAUUGUGCCAACGUCUGUUGUUUCAUUUGAUGUUAUAGUUUAGACAGUACCCUUUUUCACCUACAUGUUUGCUUUCAAAUAUCAAUGGAAUUACUGUUAGAUGAAGUUUUUCU